GGCGGGAAGCUUUUCUGCACGCUCUCCAUCGAAUUCUCCCAACCACCAUCGCCUCUCGCCCCGGCGCAAUCAAGCAGUAGUCCGAAAAAGACACGAUUGGCAUUGCAGGUGAACCACGGGCCAUCGUCACCACUGCCCUGUUUGUCAUGCAAGCGAAACACGAGACCUGCUGAGUGGACGAAGCGCUGGCACUCGUCAUCGCGCAUCGAGGCCGCCGCCCAUUAAACACAGAGGCAGAAGACUGUGCAUCUCGCAGACGGUGCCUACCGAUUUAGAAUAUGUCUGCUUAUCCUCGGCAUGUGCCUCUUGCGCCGCGCGCGCGCUUGCAGCAGCAGGAACAUAGAGCUGUGACUCCUGAAUCCGACAACGAAUCCGACGACGACCAAGACGAUGUGCCCGCCAUUGUCGAUACCCCUAUCCUCGAAUACUUUGUAAUCAAGCAGGAGGUGGAGCUAAACGUCAACUUUCGCGACCGAUGCAUCGAUGGCACCACCGACAUCUACAUUGUGACCUUUAGCGACAAGCUGGAGGAGAUUCUGCUGGAUGCGGCACAGUGCCAGAUCAACACCGAUGCCAUCACGAUUACCGAUAUGCGCGAAGUCAAUGGCGAAGCGGUCGAAGGAUACAAACGAAAAGCAGCCGCGGAAUACACAGAUCCCUACUCGAAGCUGUCGCACCCAAAGGGUAGAAACUGGCAAGCGGAGCAUCACGACCUGCGUCGCAUCCGCUCACGUCGAGUCUUUCACAGCAGAAAGACGGACAUUGCGGCGGAAAACAGAGAGUUUGAAGGAUGUACGCCAGUGUACGGCUCGCUAAAGAUUCGAUUGCGCGGAAGGGAAGAUCAGGAACGACCAAGGUUGAUUAUAAGGAAGUCGACGCUCGGUCUGGACUCCAACGAAAAGUCCCACCGACAACUCAAGAUUACCGUUCCAUUUAUAAACAAGAACCCCCGAGACGGCAUUCACUUUGUGGGUGUCGACCCCCUCGACAAACGCUACACGCAUAUGUAUACACGUCACUCCCUCCAGCCCGGCACAGCAUCUUGCAUCUUUCCAUGCAUUGACGACCACGGCUCCCGAUGCGACUGGAAGAUAACAAUAAAGUUUCCCCGCACAAUGGGUGAUGCUUUAAAUCAAGCUCUAGCAUCCAAGAAGGACGAUCGUAAGAAGGAUCGCUCCUUGGUGGAAGAAGAUAAGCUCAGGGAAAUGUUUGCUGUUUGCUCUGGCUUUCUGAUGGAGGAAGGCAUUGAUCCUAAAGAUGAUCGAAAGAAGAUUAUGGUAUUUGAGCCAGAGAAGAAGGUGUCUGUGCAGAAGCUGGGCUUUGCAAUUGGCCCCUUUGAGCACAUUGACCUGUCAUCCGAGUUCCGAACAGAAGAGGACGAAGUGAAGCUGGGUAUUAGCGCUUUGAAGGUUUAUGCAUACUGUCUGCCUAGAAGAGGCGACUGGGUGCGCCACACAUGUGCAGCCCUCACCAUGGCGGCCGAUUAUUUCACCUAUUCCUUUGCACGAUACCCCUUUGACAACUUUAAGCUCGUCUUCCUCGAGGAUAUGGAGGAGGACACGACCAUUGUACAAUCCUUGGCUUUCGCUAGCAACCGUCUGCUCUACCCAGGAGAUAUCAUGGAGACGGAAAUCGAAGUAACAAGAAAACUGGUCUUCACGCUGACCUCGCAGUGGAUUGGUAUCAACAUGAUUCCCAACACGCGACACGACCUGUGGUUGGUGCUGGGCAUUGCCCAUUACAUGACUGAUAUUUUCAUGAAGAAGCUCUGCGGUAACAACGAAUAUCGCUUCCGCGUCAAGACAAUGUCAGACGAGCUUAUUGAGAAGGAUGUCGGCCGACCCUCGCUCUACGAUAUUGGUCCAGCGCUGCAUCUCGGCGCCUUUGAACAGGAAUUCUUGGCUCUCAAGGCCCCGGUUGUCUUGUUUAUUCUCGAUAAGAGACUUGUCAAAGUCUCUGGUGGAUAUGGUUUGACACGUAUACUGCAAAAGCUUCUCACAAAGGCUCAGAUUGAGGGCACUGACCGAUCAGCCAUUCUAGACACUGAAAAGUUCCGUGUCACUUGCGAAAAGGGAGCAAGAUACCAACUGGAAGCGUUUUGGAACCAAUGGGUUUACGGCUCGGGUUGCCCCCGGUUCGACGUCAAGGCGCGUUUCAAUAAGAAGCGUCUUUGCGUCGAGUUGUUCCUGGAACAAGUUCAAAGAUCGGCUGUGAAGGAGCCGCUACUUGAGAAGGAUGGCUUUCUGCGUGCAAUUAAGGAGCGCAGAGCCGAGGUGCCUAUUGGCGACGUACAAGCCUUGUUCACAGGACCCAUGACUGUUCGAAUCCACGAAGCUGACGGUACACCUUACGAACAUAUUUUAGAGAUUCGCGACGAUGGUUCUCGAGCCAAAAAGUUUGAAAUUCCUUAUAAUACAAAGUAUAAGAGAUUAAAGCGUACAAGACGCAUCAAGGAGAAGAACAGUGCUGGAGCAAGCAUGACCGACAAUGCUGACGAAUCGCUGCUGUACUCUCUUGGAGACGUUCUGCAGACGCCCGAAGAGAUGAAGGACUGGGAGCUGACAGACUGGGACUCGGAUACAGAGAAGAAGAUGGACCAAGAGUCCUACGAGUGGAUUCGAUUGGAUGCUGAUUUUGAAUGGGCUUGUGAUGUCAAGCGCCCGUUGCCAGCGUAUAUGUAUGUGUCGCAGCUGCAGCAAGAUAGGGACGUUGUAGCGCAGCAAGACGCCAUCCUCUACCUUGCCAACGGACCUUUGCACCCGAUUGCUGCUGGCUUCCUGUCCCGAACACUCUACGACAGCCGCUACUUUCACGGAAUCAGAAGUCAGGCGGCGCAUGCCUUGACGCGACAGGCCAAUAUUAAGGAUCUUCCCAUGCGUGGCUUGCGUCAACUGAUGCGCGCGUUCCGCGAAAUGUAUUGCUAUGGACAAACUAACCAACCACUCCCCAACGACUUCUCCGACAAGAGGCAGUACCACGUGCGUUGCUCCAUUCUCAAGGCCAUCUCGGCUGUUCGAAACGACGACCAUCGCUGCCCCAUUGAGGCGCGCCGACUGAUCAUGGACCAGCUGCGCCUCAACAACAAUGAGCAUAACCCAUACUCAGAUCACCUAUAUAUUGCUAUGCUUGUUGAAUACCUGGCUCAAGCCAUGAUUCCAUCACAGAAGGAUGACUGGCUUGCUCGCCAGAAGAGAAUCCAAACUGCUGAAGAGACGCAGUUUAUCGAAGACGCCGUGGAGCAGAUUGAGAGAGUGCUUCGCCGAGACGAAUGGACUCACUCAUACCAGAACUGCUGGACAAUAUCGGGCCUAGAUGCCAAGCAGCGCCUGAUGAAGGCUGAUAUCAUCCCCAAGCGCAUGGAAGAGUUCUUGCAGUACUUGCUGGAUGGAACAAAGGACCUCAUUCGCAUCAAGAGUUUCGACGCCCUGAUUGAUCUGGGGGCAAUUGCCGAUCCAACACUCUUUGCCUUCCUCAUGUACGCGCUCAUGACCGAUAGAUCGCCGUAUGUUCGCAAGCGUCUUAUUGAGUCCCUCGCGCGUGGCCUUGCUGCGGUUGCGUUUGGUGAGCAAACAGAGCCGACCAAGCAGGAGCCGUCCGCGGAAGAAGCCGACGGCCUCCUCCUUGUGCAGGACAGUGCGGCAGAAAUCGAGGCACGCAAAGAAAUGUUUGCCCGAAAGGAAAAUCUCGACGCUGCACUCCGGGCAUUGAAGAAGGAGAUGGACCUCAACUUUAGCGCGCACAAGGACCAGCUGAAUGCCGCUGUCCAAAAAGCCAUGGAUCAUCCAGACCUGGGCCGCGAUGAAGUGGAUAGUCUCCUCGAUAUUGCGUCCAUGAUGUUUGAUGAGGCAGAGAAGUGGAUUUUGAGUCUGCAAUAUCCCAAGGCUUGGAGGGUACAGAAGGUCUCGCAGCACAAACACAAGUCCUUGAUUAUGAGCUUCCGCUCUCGCUUUAGGACGAAGCCUAAGGUGCCUCUUCCGCCAAUCAAUCCUGACGUGAAGCGGCCCAUCACCCUCCAGAGAAGCUCCUCCAUCAAGAUCACCACUAAGCCAGCUACACCACAACGCACCGCGCUGCCUGGCGCUACGGGAGCCACCAACGGUGUCAAGUCGGCCUUGGGAGGACCACCCGUAAAUGGCAACGCAGCACGCCGAUCAGCAUCAGCUACGCCGGGCCCAGUACCGAAACGACCUCUGGAUGACAAGGCACCUUCGCCAGCACCAAAGCGUCCCAAGACAGAGGUGGAACUGGGCUCUGCCAUUACCCGCAAGGUGGUCACUCUUCGCACCUCCAACCCAGCGAGGCUGGCCGUCAUCUUGGGCCAGCCGGUGCCUACAUCUACACCCUCGACGGUGAGAACGGCGCUUCCAGGCGCUGCCCCGAGACCAGCUGUUGAUGCAACACCAAAGCCAGCAAGAAAGCCGCUUCCUGGUAGUGUCGAGAGGACUCCUGUUCCGAUGCUAGCACCAGUACCAGCACCAGCACCAGCGCCCUCUACACCGGCUGUAUCCUCUGGAGCUGCGCCGAAAAUAGUCACGGCAACACCUGCUGCGGCUCCUCCCAAGCCUGCUCUCCCAGUCCUCAACACUACACCAGCUAUAGCUGCUACACAUAAACCGGCUGCUGCACCGGAGACUCCUGUGUCUGCCCGGCCCAAGAUCAAGAUUAUCAGAAAGCCACAGCCACCACCUGCAGCUUGAGUUUGGCGAGUUUGUUUAUUCUAAAGUAGAAAAAGUUAUUUUAACGUGGGCGUUUCGGGUCUCUCUUAUUCGUGGCGUUUAGAGAGAGCACUUUUUUGUGUAUAGUAAUACUCUUCAAUUUUAUCAAAGAUUAUAAUUGAUAUUGUC